UCUUAUAUCUCAUAUCGAACAAUUUGCAAAGAUGCGUAAAAGAGCUUCUUCACUUCUUCUCUGAAAAGGGCAAAUAGAUCAAAGUCCCUACUCUAUAUCCUACUUCAAAUUAAUCAUUGAACUCUCAUCUUCUUCUUCUUCUUUUUUCACUCAAUUAUUAUUAUUAUUAGCACUUUCACUUAUUCAUCUUCAACUAUUAAAAAAAUUUGUUAUAUACCAAAUGUUAAUGGUGAUGCUGAGGAAGAAUUCAAGAAGAGCAGUGAGCAGCAAACAGAGUCCUAAUCCCAUGGCUGACAAAAAUUCAUUUUCUUCUCCAAAAUUCUUCAAUGGUUUUUUAACCAGAACUUUAUCUGAUGUUGUUGACUCUGAAAUUAGCCCAAAAUCCAUUCUUGAUACCAAACAAAUCUUCAAUCUUGGUAACCCUUUUGGCUAUGACAGAAACUCAUCCUAUAAAAAGGGUUCAUCAACUUUAGAAGGUAUUAAACUUGCUCUGCUAGACCCUAUUGAGAAUGAAGAGAACAUUAACAAAAUGGUUGUGUUUGGAACAGAGCUUAAAGAUUUUGGUAUAAAGACUAAGGAUUCUAAAUUGUUGGGAAUUGGGAAUGUUAAAGAAGAUAAAGAUUCAUCAAAGGGUGGAUUGAGUUUGAGGGAAAUGGAGAGUUUGGAGGAUUAUACAUGUGUGAUUACUCAUGGUCCUAAUCCAAAAAAAACUCAUAUAUUUGAUAAUUGUGUUGUUCAAAGUUGCUCUGUUUUGGAGAAUUUGCAUGAUUGUUAAGAUUUGUUACUCAUGUGAAGCUGAUGCUGAAUAAGCCCAAAACGAAUCUGUAUAAUUUAUCUAAAGGUUUAUAAAAAUUUUAUAAUUUAAAAUGUUUUAUGAAGUGUUUUUUUUUUGUUGA